CGACAGUGAACCAGUGCUCUCCGUGUCGCCGGGGUGUGAGGGUGUGAAGGGCCGAUAUUAACAGUAUUGCAGUUCGUCAGGUAAAGACUAAAGCAACAUUUAUAUACCAUCCACAAUGAACGAUAUGAUGUUACUGUUGACGAUAAGAGAUAAUGGUUGUAACCGACUCUUUACGAAGUUUAUUAAUGUAUUCAUUUGUGGAACAUGUGAAACGCUUGUGCUUUAUUUAUGUAAGAAUUAAUACAAACAAUUUAACAACAAGACUAUUACCAUCUUGAUAGUUUAGUUAAAUCAACAAAUAAAUGGUAGAUGGAGAUUUACACACAAGAUAAAUGAAACAUGAUAAAUAGACCGCUACUUGAACGAAAGUAUAAUGUGAAGCAGUUUAGAGAAUAAAUACAAUGACACUGACAUUCUCGCUAAAGAAAUAUUAAUGAAACAAGUGAGGUACCAAUAGUUAAUUUAGGCCAAUCAACACUGAAAGCCCCAGUGCGCUGUCAGCAAGAAAACGGGAAGAUGGUGGGUAAAGAGACUGUACCCGAUGUGAACAACUUUUCGUGCUGGUCCCCCAUGUUCCAGCACCCAACGUCACCCUCAGCAGUGGACAUCAUCAAGGCCGUGUGCUCCUCACUCUUGGGCAUCCUCGUCAUCGUCGUCAACACCAUUUUCAUUGUGGCAGUGAAUGGCAAAACUCACGCCAAGCAUCUGUCCUUCCAGCCGCAGGUGGUUACUCACGUCUCUGGGCGUGUGUGACCUAGUGAAGGGCGUGGUGGUGGUGCCCGUAGUGUGUACCCAUUCCACAUCACUGCUGGCCGUACCCUGCCGUAGUGUGUGGGUGUCAGGCCGUCCUCUUGCCCCUCCUGCACCACCAGGCAGCUCUUACACUCUCCCUCCUCGCCCUCGACCGAUAUUGCUGCCUCUUACACCCAGCCAAGUACAACGACCACGUCUCCAGGCCGGUGUGUGUGGUUGUGGUGGUAGGGUCAUGGUUGGCGUGUGCAGGGCUCCACGCCGCUGUGUAUCUACCGACGCCACAUUUCUUUUUCAACCACGUCUCCAACCACUCCUGUGAACCCUACCACACCCUCAACGCCAAGGUCAUCCUGGUCGCGUGCACUGUCUACUUCCCCACCAAUGGUGACCAUGUAUUGCUACGGGACUGUCUUCCACAUGGCGCGCGCUACUUCCCUUCAACGACUGGUAUGUGCAACUGUCAGCACUCCCGAGAUCCUUGGUGGUGCAGUGGUGGAGAAGGCCAUGUUGACUGAGCGCCGAGAGAGACUAAGGAACUGCAGGGUGAUGGCUGUGGUGUCACUAUCAUUCAUCAUCACCAUCACUCCCUGGACUAUACGGCAGAUUAUAGCCGCCUGCACUAACUCCAGGAUCCCUGGUGGGCUGGACUACGGGGUGUGGGUGGUGAGUGUGGGCGGUGGUGUAGUCGUCAUCUUCAUCUUGUGGUUGUUGUCAGCGUCGUUCCGGAGGUCGACUGACGAGACGCUACACAACCGCGUGUGUUGUGGGAACGUGUAUUACGACGACUCCGACGAGGUGAGUUUGGCUCAGGUGUCCCAUCAUGGCAUUAUCACUCACCACGACAUAGUGAGUCACGCUGGCACCUGUCCCGCCGCUGCUCCUCGCUCAGCACCUCUCAGCUGCAACGCCACGCCGCGACACCUGCCUAACGGGAGACUACCCCCGGCGGCCAUGUCCAACGCCGCAUGCGACCUGGAGGCUGUUGGGGAGAAAUACUGGGGUGAGAUCCUGGAACGCACUGUGUCCUCCACGUCACUACACAACCUACAGAGAAUCUACCGUAAUGGCUCCACCGCUCACCCGGACCUGAGGCACCUGUGCGGCACUUCCAUGAUGCCUGACGUGCGACCUACCCACAGCCCAGCCUGGAGGCCCUAAACUACUGUACUGUACACACACACCUUCAGCAGCACCCACUCGCUGCUUCCUCACAAUUGACAAACUCACCGCCACCAUUUUCGGGGUUUAGAAUGGCAGCUAAUAUACUGACAUCAGCAGGCAGUGUUGAGUGUGUGUGUGUAGACGCUC